GCAUGCGCGUUUGAGGAUGCUACAGAUAUUGUGCUCAUGAGUGUUUUGUUAAAAAUUAAGUUCGGUGAUUCAAAAGUUAUUGAAACUUUCUUGUGAGUUUGUUUUUUAGUGUUUUGUUCUUAUUUCAAGAUGAAUAAAACAUGUGCGCGGUGCGAAAAAACUGUUUAUCCCACAGAGGAACUCAAAUGCUUGGACAAGGUUUGGCACAAAGGGUGCUUCAAAUGUCAAGAAUGCGGGAUGACACUUAACAUGAGAACAUACAAAGGUUAUGGAAAACUGCCUUAUUGCGAGUCACAUGUGCCAAAAGCGAAGCAUACGACCAUGGCGGAAACACCAGAACUCAGGCGAAUAGCCGAAAACACGAGAUUGCAGAGUAAUGUCAAUUAUCAUGCCGAUUUCGAGAAAAGCAAGGGAAAAUUUACACAGGUAGCAGACGAUCCCGAAACAUUAAGAAUUAAGGCGAAUACGAAAAUUAUAAGUAACGUUGCGUACCACGGUGAAUUGGAAAAGAAGGCCCAGAUGGAGCGGCAAAGGCAGAUUAAUGAGAAUGGCGAAAUUGUUGAUCUCGCAACAAACGAUUAUCAACAUCAAAUCGACUCGUACGCAACGGAGAUGCUACCAAAUCUACCACCGAAAAAUCAUUACCAAACACCCGCACGCCAAGAGUUCAAAGAGAUUUACAACUACCCGCAAUAUGAGGAGUUGGCGUCGCAAUCGAAUUAUGGCUCGAAAAUUGGUAGGAUUCAAGAUUAUGACCCGUUGAGCGAUGGGCCGCGGGCGCCGCCCAACACUCAGCGGGCUUCGGCUACUUUGAUUUAUAACAGCUCCAGUGAUAAGAGAGGAACACAGCAAAUCCAACAACAGACUCGCCACAUAGGGCGCGUCACAGAUAUGGAUCCACUCGCGAAUGAGCAUCACCAAUCGCAGGUCACGCAUCAGUCACACAGGCCGGCUAAUCAUCACAAUCAGCGAGUCUACGUAGCGAUGUAUGACUACGAAGCAAAUGAUAGCGAUGAGGUAUCAUUCCGCGAGGGAGACCUGAUUUCAAAUGUCACCUCCAUAGACGAGGGAUGGAUGACCGGUCAAGUGUUAAGAACUGGUCACACCGGUAUGUUGCCAGCUAAUUACGUCGAACUUGCCCCAAAUUACCCCAAUUAAAUUGUUAAUUGUUUUAAGGCGAUUUUAAAAUUUUAUCAUAUUUUUAAUAAAGCAUUACGAUAUUUGUAAUAAUCUUGUUCCCUUAUAAUAGCUUCCGACCCCGACUUUGAACCAAUAUGUUUCAAUCAAAUUAUAUUAACCGUUAUUAAUUAUAUAAGAAAAUCUUCCUCAGGAAUCACUCGUAACUAUUUGGGAUAACUAUACGAAAAUCCGUUCAGUUAUUUUUGAGUUAAUCGUGUUAGUAUAUAGACGCAGACUCAACUUUUUACUAUAAUUAGAUUCAAUAAUUUAAAUUAAACAUUUAUAGCAAGGACGCAAAUCGCUGAAAGCAAGAUGGCGUCGUCCUGUGACGUAACAUGCUUGUAAACACGUCACAAACGUCAAGUUUUUCACUUAAUUGUCAUUCUUUUACACACAUUUCGAUCAACAGCAGACUUCUAGGCAUGAUGGCGUCAAUUUGCUUGUAAACGCAAUGAAAUAAAGUCUCAAACUCAAAGUUAUGUAAUUUCAACUUUGAGUAAACUGUGGUAUUUUUGUGACACGAUUAUUAUUAUUGACUAUAUCUCCGUAACGAUUUAAGGUAUGUUUAAAACCCUCAAUAACACUUUAUAUAAUAUCAAAUAGUUUUACUUGUAAAUGAACUAAACGCAGUUCCUGUUGCGCGUUAGUAUUCCGCUUAAGGAAAUCGCUUGUUAGCGAUAAGCCCGUUGCCUACAUUUAAGUUCUGAUUACAUUUAUUGUCCUCUCAACAAAGAGUCAAUUGUUCUUACGAUCUGAUAAGAUGACAUUUGCAAUCGAUUUAUCUGUGACGUGUUUGGUAUCACGUGAUUCAUAAAGUCAAUAUGCAUUUUGAGGAUUUUAUUACAAUUUUUAAUCUAUUUUAAAGUCCAUAAAAUUUUUCGAGUAUUUUAUCAUAUUGUUAGGUUUAGGCUACGUGAGGAUGAAACUACAAAAGUACAGGACCUAAUAUAAACUUGAUAUUCCUGAAUUAAUAGUGGGGUUGGAACGCUCGUUAUAAUUAAUAUCUGCCUUAAGCCGCUAUUGUUGUCAUUGUUAUUUGUAUGCUCCCUUGCCAUGCCCAUCUAUUAUAUAUGUAUAUAUAUAUAUAUAUAUAUAUAUAUAUGUUUUAUAUACUCUGUAAAUGAUAUUUGUAAUGUCAAGAGAUCGCCUACAUAUACAGUUUGUUAAAAUAUUUACCGGAUUUUUGUACCAACACUGGAAACACAUCGGUAUUUGAGAGCUGUCACACUUUACUUGAAAUGAUGUCAAAAAUCAAGUUUUGUAUGCGUCGACUAACUUUUUUUAAUAUGUUUACCGAAAUGUGUGGCGUUUUGUACAAGAACCGGCAACACAACGGUAUUUGAGAGCUGUCACACGACUUAGUUGUCAAAAAUCAUUUUUUAACUAUCUGUUUGACAGUUUCAUAAACAUUCAUCGAUCGAACUCUCACGAGUCAGUUGUCUAAUAUUUUUUACUGUCUGUUUGACAGUUCUCUAGCAAAUAUUGUAUUUUAUGGUUAGAUAUAAAUGCUAUAAAAUCACUGUUAUUUCAUAUAAUUUCAUUUCAUUUUAAUAUUGCGCAUUAAUAUAGCAGGUUUUAUAUAAUUCGUAAGGUCUAAUAAUAUAAUUUUAAAAUUAGCAGAACUUGCCUAAUAUCAAUAUUAUAAAAUUAAUUUUGACCAGCUGAAAAAAAGCGAGACGCCUAUAGUUUUGUACACACCGAGUUAAAACGUCAAAGUUUUAACUCGGUGACGACGUUUCGAGAACUGUCUAAACAUUUGCCUUAGCGAGACUAUGGAAAAUGUUUGGAAAGUUUCAAAAAUGCACAAAUUUAUUUAUAGAAAUCAUAUAUAAAAUAUUGUACGACUGUGGUAGAGAUGGGUAACUCACUCCGCUAGCUUUGACCUAGAGCUAGUUUGACCUACUGGUCUCUGACCACCAGUAUAAGCUUUCUUCUCUGUGCACUCAGCCGACGUACCCGCUUGUUAUAGAUAGUUUUUCCACAGAGCGCACAGCGUUAUCAUGCUACGUCAUUUAUCAGUGACAAGUUUUUUUUGAAUAUAGAAUUGUCUCAUUAAUUAAGCUAGUUUUUGUCAUCUGUCAAAUGUCAACUAUCAUUUGUCAAGUUACCCAUCUACGACAGACUUCUGUGUUGUUUUUACAUACAACAGGCUAUAGAUUUUAGCGUUCACUGUCGUUUGUCAAAUUUUAAGCGGGAACUCGUGUUUCCUAUAGCCAGACUACAUAUAAAAUAAAUUAACGCUUAGAACAAAAUAAGUAUUUUUGCUAAAAUGUAUGUUUUUGAUAUAAUACCAUUAGAUUCGCCACGAAUGGAGUCCCUAAUCGAGCUGUGUGAUAAGUUCUUCGUUCUAUAUACAUUGUCAAGUGUCAAAUUUCAAGUGUUUUCGCAUUUGUUUUCAUUCCAUUUCUCCGGAAAGUGCUUUUAUUAUUGUAAAUAUAUUUUUUAUACUCUACAAAUUAUGGCGUCAUUAUAUUUAUACAAUUUUACUAUUAUAUCUGUGACAAGGUGACAUAAACAAACACACGCAAGGCCAGUGUGCCGCCAUUUUAUAUUUGACACACGAAAAUUCUCUGAAAUAUCUCAUCAGAUAUGUAUGAAUAAGAGCAUAAUAUACAGAGAUUUUACAUUCCUUUUAAUUCCAUUGUUCGUAAAGAAACCUCAUUUCAUAUGCUUAAUCUGUAGUCUUAAACGUCUUACUUUGACAGUUCAGUCACUUUCAAUAUGCAGUCGUUGACAACACGAAUUUUAUGUGAAAUAUAAUCUUGCCAACGUUUGUAAAGAACCAUGCCCCACAUACAAUUAAUUUACGGAAACUUCAAGAAAUUAAAAAAAAAUACUGACAGCUCUGAAAAGCUUUAAGUUGCCGUUAUUAGAUACAGUCGAAAACCCGCCAAUAUAUCUUAGACAUGACUAGCCUACACUUAUAGAUCUGUAUAAUCCAGUAUAACAAAUCUAUUUUCAUCACAGUGUUAAUCCAAUUGCGUAGAAAGAGAUGAAGAACACAAAAAGCAUAAAAGGUUUCCAUGUCUUAAGUUUUGAGCUGUCAGAACUGUCAGAACAGAACUAACACGUGACGUGGUAAUCCGUUUCCUUGUUACAACGUAGACCCAAUUUCGUAGAUAAACACGAACAAUUCAAAUAGUCCAAAGAGAUUCAUAUUUUUACUUAGGGCUGUCAAAACUGUUAUAUUGACAUAGACAAAACUGGCAAUUGACGCUUUGAGGUUUCGUUACACUUAAGUUAUGCACAAAUAUUUAUUUUAAUUUAAGUUAGUUAAUUCUACAUCACAUUUGAACAGAAAUUUCCUCUACUUAUAAUCGUUCGUUACAAAAGUAACAGUAUUAAGAUAAAUGUGCCUUGUAAAGUUAUAAUAUAUAUUUUAAGAAAA